AUGCCGGUGUUCCAGCUUGGACUCAAGUACCCGGUGACCGGGGAGCGCGAGUACCAAAGCCGCAACGUGAUAGCGCUGCACGCGUCUGAAUUGGUCAUCCACAAGAAAACAGCUAUCAACAACUUCACCGAGAGGUUCGAGCUCGAUGAGGAGCAAGUCACCCCCGCAAGACCCUGGAACCGCCCACAACACGGUGGUGGUGGCGGCGGUGGCGGGGUGAACCAGGUGACCGUGUCGCUCGGCGAAAGUGAACAGCUAGACGGGUACGUCGUGGCCACCACCACCAGCGCACCUAACGGCAGACCGACUGUGGAGACGGUCGAAGUUCGCCAGCUCACCGACGGGGGACUGACUCAUAUUCAGCAAAUCGACGUUCGAAACCUGCUGACCGGUGGACAAUGCACCAUCAUGCGUGUCUGGGUGCGCGUACCGAUGACCCACGAAGACCAGGCCGGAGUUGUCCCUGGUGCAUAAAAACUCAAGCCUUCCACGCAGUCACAUUGCAUCCGAUGUUUUGCACGCACGCCACUUCGUGUUAGAUGAUGUUUCACCUCCCGCCCCAAGCACGUAGCGAUCACCGAAUGCGGUAUUGUGACUGAUUUCAGGGAGCCAGACCAAGUAUAUAAAAUAUUUACGACCGCGCGGGACCACGGGAAGCGCGUUUUCAAGGCAGACUGUUGCCCCGAUUCGUGUCCCUAGGCUAUGAGUCGUCUUUACAUCAGGCGAUGCGUAGACUCCUCGUUGCUUGUCGCUCUCUUGAGCGAAGAAAAAGUCGUUCCGUGCGAGAGUGGCGGAUGACCAAGCCAGGUAGAUAGGUGUCGUCAGAUUUUGUACAUUUUUUAACAAGCCUAGUAGUUCCCUUCCUCGUACAUAGUUCCUCAACGAUGUAUUGAGUGUUUUGCAUCCCUUCGGUUGCUUCUUCUUGUUGGCGGUGCGUGUUGGUUGGUAAUCAAACGGAAUAUAUCUAUACAUUAUGGCACCGCCGUCCGUGUGGAGAAGAACUUGUGUGCUUGGCGGCUUCCCGUUGUGGUAGAAUUU